AUGGCUGCGUCCGCUCUUCUGAAGAGUCGUGUUCGGCGGCCUUCUUAUCUCCAGAAGCUGGCCAAGGCUGAGGACCUCAUCGACCUCUUCCCCCACGGCACCUACAUCGGCUGGUCCGGGUUCACAGGUGUUGGUUAUCCCAAGAAAGUCCCUACUGCUCUCGCCGACCAUGUCGAGAAGAACAACCUCCAAGGAAAGCUGAAGUACUCUCUGUUCGUCGGCGCCUCGUCCGGCGCGGAUACUGAGAACCGCUGGGCGGCGCUGAACAUGAUUGAGCGUCGGAGUCCGCAUCAGGUCGGCAAGGAAAUCGCCAAGGGGAUCAACAACGGUCAGAUCAACUUCUUCGACAAGCAUCUGAGCAUGUUCCCCUCGGAUCUGGUUUAUGGCUGGUAUACCAUGAACAAGCCCAACAACAAGCUGGAUAUCGCCGUCAUUGAGGCCUCCGCCAUCACCGAAGAGGGUGGCAUCAUUCCCGGUGCUUCCGUCGGCGCGUCGCCCGAGCUCAUCCAGAUGGCCGACAAGGUCAUCAUUGAGGUCAACACGGCCAGUCCCUCGUUCGAGGGUCUGCACGAUAUCACCAUGUCGGACCUUCCUCCCAACCGCAAGCCCUACCUCAUUAUGCAGCCUGAGGACCGCAUUGGAACCCCCCACAUCCCCAUCGACCCCGAGAAGGUCGUGGCCAUUGUCGAGUCGGACUACCCCGAUCAGACUCUGCCCAACGCGCCUGAGGAUGAGAGCUCGCAGGCCAUUGCCACCAACCUGAUUGAGUUCCUGAAGCACGAGGUCAAGCACGGCCGCCUGCCUCCCAACCUGCUGCCCAUCCAGUCCGGUAUCGGCAACAUCGCCAACGCCGUCAUUGGCGGCCUGAGCAAGGGCGGCGCCGACUUCACUCACCUCAAGGUCUGGACCGAGGUGCUGCAGGAUUCCUUCCUGGAUCUGUUCGACAGCGGCAACCUGGACUUCGCCACGGCCACGUCCAUCCGCUUCUCCCCCGACGGCUUCAAGCGCUUCUAUGACAACUGGGAGCGUUACGCCGGCAAGCUGCUGCUGCGUUCGCAGCAGGUGUCCAACUCGCCCGAGAUCAUCCGCCGUCUCGGCUGUAUCGGCAUGAACACCCCUGUGGAGGUGGACAUCUAUGCUCACGCCAACAGCACCUGCGUCAUGGGCUCGCGCAUGCUCAACGGUCUGGGCGGCUCCGCCGACUUCCUGCGCAACUCCAAGUACAGCAUCAUGCACACCCCCAGUACCCGCCCCAGCAAGAUCGACCCCACCGGUGUCAGCUGCAUCGUGCCAUUCUGCACCCACAUCGAUCAGACUGAGCACGAUCUCGAUGUGGUCGUGACUGAACAGGGUCUGGCUGACGUGCGUGGCCUCUCUCCCCGCGAGCGUGCUCGCGUCAUCAUCAAGCACUGCGCCCACCCCGACUACCAGCCCAUCCUGACCGACUACCUCGACCGGGCCGAGUAUGAGUGCCUGAAGAAGGGCAUGGGCCACGAGCCCCACCUGCUCUUCCAGGCCUUCAAGAUGCACCAGAACCUGGCCGAGAAGGGAACCAUGAAGAUCUCCGGCUGGGAAUAG